AUGGAGAACAAUGAUCGCAGCCACAGCCGCCAUUGCGACGACCAGCCAAAGGGAACGCACGUCAACGGUCAACGGAAUGCCGGCGUCGACCAAUGCAUGACGUCUUCGAGCCAAGAACUAGUGGCGGCGCCGCCGCGGCCGUCAUCCGAGGACGAUUUCCAGCUCGAGUUUCCACUCGGGUUCAGAUUCGCCCCCACCGACGAGGACCUCAUUCUGUAUUACUUGAAGCCCAAAAUCGCAGGCGAUCCGAUUCCGCUUGCUGACUUCUUCGCCGACGUCGAUCUCUACCAGUUUGACCCCAGAGAGCUCAUCGAGAGCCACAAGGCAGCGGGCAAAGGUGAGGACGAGUGGUACUUCUUCACCCCGAGGGACAGGAAGUAUCCGAACGGGUCGAGGCCGAAUCGCCGCACGCCCGGCGGGUUUUGGAAGGCGACCACGAAGGAUAGCGUCAUCCAGAUGGAGAACAUGACGAUCGGGUACAAGAGGCUGUUGGCCUUCUCUCGAGGAGCCUCGCCAAGACGAGGCGACGGGACGGCCUUGAGCAUGCACGAGUAUAGGUUGGCGGAGGACGAGAAGAGGAACCGCACCGGGACAGACGAGAAGAAGGGAGCGAAGGACAAGAGGUUGGAUGAGUGGGUUCUGUGCAAGGUCUUCACGCCCAAGCAUGCAAAGCAUUCGAAGAACGGCCGGAAAUCUGAUCACCCACUGAAGACAAGGAACGAACAGAACCAUGAUCAGCCAGACGGCAACGGUGAUGAUGCCCCGACGACCACCGGCAAGAAUCGAGGCCGAACAAAGGGUAUUGUUGUUGAUGAAGAUGAUGGCUACUUGCAAGACCUUCAAUCCACGCCAACUCACAAGCUCAACAUGGGCCGGCAAGUCGAUGUCGCCGACAACUAUCAACUGCCUCAGAGUUCUCAGAUAAGUGCUCUCGGCGGUCUGGAGACCGACCGACCAGCCUACAAUGUUUUGCCAUAUAGCAGCCAUACAGACCCCGACUCAAUGGCGCACUGUCCGAGUGAGAUGCAGAUCAGCGUACAUCUACAAGUCCAGCGGGUGGCCACGCAGCCCGCGAGCCUCGGGCCUCCUACCGGCAAUGCUCCUCCUGAAUCACAUCCAAGCAGAAGCUGUCGCCUUCCCGCACACUCCACUCGCCAUAAUCCUCGUCCAGUAGUGGUGCAUAGCUUCAAGGAUUUAAUCAGCACCAACCCAUAG